GCAUCUAUUCAAAUGGAAGCCAAAUUUUUUCGAUUUCUUAAGAUUGUGGGUGUGGGUUACAAGGCCCGAGCGGAAGCCGAAGGACGCAUGUUGUAUCUGAAAUUGGGUUACAGUCAUGAGGUUGAAUUGACCGUUCCUCCUGCUGUUCGGGUUUUCUGCUUCAAGAACAAUGUAGUUUGCUGCACCGGAAUUGAUAAAGAUAGGGUGCACCAGUUUGCUGCCGCUGUUCGUAGUUGUAAGCCACCCGAGGUCUACAAGGGAAAGGGUAUAAUGUAUGUCGACGAAGUUAUUAAGAAGAAGCAAGGAAAGAAGUCUAAGUGAUUGGAUAUCUCAAACCUUAUGCUGGAAAUUGGUAAUCUUCUCCAUUUGCUUUCUGGUUGUAAUCAAAAGAUUCUAGUGGCUUGGGAUUCUCUUUCAAACUAUCCUCAUUUAGGUUUCUUUGUCUGUACUUUUGCGGCUUUCCUGACUUUGCACUUUGGAUGUCCGGUUUCACCUACCUGCUAAACCACAGCGGAGAUGAAUUAAACCUCACGGCACACUAAAUUUAGAUGUUUCUGAUGAUUUAUUCUUGGACAGGACUAGCCUAUGAGAUCAUAGAAUCAUGCCUUCAAAAUCGCAUGUCAAUGCUUUAGUUGUCACUGAACUGAUAAGAAAUGAGGUAGGUGAAGGUCUAAUUGUAUACUGUGAGAAAGGAAUAAUUGUUGUACUGUGGUAAUGUACACAUUCUGAACAUGUUGAAAACUUUGAAGUUACAAUUUGCCUUAUAAAUUUGUUUCAUCAUUCGUGGAACAGUUACUUUUUGACUCA